UUUUAACAUUUGCUAGAAUUUUUACUAAUGCUGAAUCUUCUGAAGCAUAUAAACGGAUUUUUUAUGAAGUAUUUUCUAUUGUUGAAAAAGAUAAUGGAAUAAAAAUUGAAUUUAGUUAUUUAAACUCAAAUUCUAACAGAAUUGCUUGUAUUAUAGCUAAUGUACAUAAAGGUCAAGCCAUUGAAAUGUUUGCUGAAGAAUACCUUAAGCAUAUUUUUAAAAUAUGUAUAAUUCAUUAUAAUAGGGCUAUACCAACUUGUAAAACUAAAAAUCAAGUAAAAAAAGCAUUUAAAUUAACUGAAAAUUGCAAAUCUAAAGCUGCAGAAGAACUCAUUUUAUCUUUAUUAGCUGCUAUUAAAAAAGCUAAAGAAUUUGAUUAUAGAGAAUGGGAUGCAACAUUAAAUUUUGUAAAAUAUAAUGUAUCAGCUAGUGGUGUAAAUAAAUCACAGUCUGAACAACAAUUACCUCUUCUAGAAUAUCAAUUACCUCCUCUUGUGUAUCAUAUUCUUCAACCAUCCAGAUAA